GUGAAUCCGAUUGAACGCACCAUCAGGAGUAAACUCACCAGUCCGGACGUUGGUAAAGUUGAAACUGUCAACAAACUGAAACAAGUCCUGUCAAUGUUCAUACACGCCUCGGACAGGCGUUAACUAGUUUUUAAUCAGGAAAGGUGAGUCUUUUCUGUUAGUAAGAGGACUCAAAGAUAUGUUUAGUGUCAGAGGAGUUUUUAAGGCUCCGGGCAGGCAUGGAAACGAGCGUCAUGUCCGCGCUGGACAGACCCGCAGCAGAGCUCACGGUCACGGAUGUGUACGACAUAGCGGCGGUGCUGGGACAGGAGUUUGAGCGGAUCAUAGACAAGUUCGGGUGCGAGUCUCUAGUCGGGGUGGUACCCAAAGUGGUGCGGGUCCUGGAGCUGCUGGAGGCCCUGGUGAGCCACGGAGCCGCCAGACAGGAGACCGAGGAGCUGCGGAGGGAGCUGGAGAGGCUGCGACAGGAGAGGAACGAGAGGUUCAACCAGGAGAGGAAACACCAGGAGGUCUGUCAGUGUGUGUUUACAUAGAGUAGGGGAGACCGGGGCUUGUUGUCACAUGGGUAAGUUGUCACAUUGCAAUUAUCUUUGCCACCAGAGGGCGCAACAAAAAGUGGAAUACUAGUUUUCUUCCUUUACAUGGUCAGGGGUCGUGUCCUGUCUGAGACGAGCACUGUCGCUACCUGAUUCGUCCCAGAUCUGUACUGCACAUGUGCAAAAUAUACGUCACUUCCUCUAGUAGCCGUCUUUGCGACAGCUCAGGAAUUCUUUGCCCCUCACGGUUUGCGACAGCUUCGUCACUUGUUCGACAGCUUCAGCAUCAGCGAGCUCGCUAGUCGCUACAGUCAGUCAGAAAGGGCGCUUCAGUUUAUCACAGCCCAUGCACCCAUCCCCAACAACAAGCCCCGGUCUCCCCUACUUGUUGACUUGACUAUGGUGCCAUGGUGAUGGAGAAACCAUUGUGUUCAGACACUUUUAUGUUUGAUUUUUUUGUUUUUAACAUUUAUGCUACGAUCAUCUGCUCAGGAGCUGGAGCUGGUGGAGGAUGUUUGGAGAGGAGAAGUUCAGGACCUGCUAUCUCAGAUCACAGAACUUCAGACAGAGAACAAGAAACUGUUAGUGAGCCUCUCACAGAAAGAGUCCCCCAUCACAGAGGAAGACCUACAGAAACAUGAGGGUUGGUGUUUGAUUGAAGCGUAUACUCGUCUCUAUUUGAGUGUAAAGUUGUUGUGAUGCCAGAAUUUUGACAAGUUAAUUCAAGUGAUUUGUGAACCAAUUUCUAUAUUGUUAUAGUAACACUGAUCUGAAAGACCUCUGCUGUACAUAACACAUAUAUUACCUUGUGUAAUCACGUGAGGUUGACCCCUUUCCUCUGAGUGCUCUCACGUUGACCUGAAAAGAAAGAGGGGCCGUAAGGAAGCUUGUAAAGGAGACUAUUUUUGAAGCAGGUUGAAAUACGGCUCUUGUGUGAGACGGACGGUGGCUGCAGCUAUACUUAGAGUCAGAGCUACAGUUUACACAAAUAUACACACACAAAGACACACUGCUUAUGAACAUAUACAUCAGCACGAAUGAGCACUGCAUGAUAUGUUUAUUCAGCUUACACACACCAGACGUACAUUUAAAUACAUGAAGACCUUUAAAGUCUGUAAAAGACCAUUUUAGAGUGUAUGCUAGAUUAAUCUAUGUCAUGCUUACUGGUCAUUGUAAAUACUUUACAGAACUUCUAUUUUAAUUUCCUACUUUGCAAUCAGCUGUUGCUUUGUGAAUGUUUGUUAGAGUCUGGUGUACAUCUAGGCUUAUACUUCAGUCAUAUAAAUGUCUACAAUUUGUACUGAACAACCUCUAAAACACUAAAAACUCAAGAUUUUUUUAACAGUACUGUGUCUCAUUUUAAAUUCAACAGAUGCUGUUAGUGUAAAAAAAUGUUUUCUGUCCUUUUUAUGACUUUUACAGGAAUGUCAGAGAAGGAGAGGCAGAUGAUGAAGAAGCUGAAGGACCUGGUGGAUAAACAGAGGGAUGAAAUCCGAGCUAAGGAUCAUGAGCUGACACUAAAAAAUGAGGAUGUUGAAGCGGUGAGGAUUUCCAACUUAAACAGUUCCCCUAAAAGCCCCUGACAAAUGAGUUUGAAGUUGUUUUCUCCCAGCGCAGUUUGUGAAGUUAUAAACUACAUUUUUAAACUGUAGCUCCAGCUGCAGCAGCAUCGGCUCAUACGGAUCAACCAGGAUCUUCGUCACAGGAUAGGAGUGUUGGAGUCUCAGGGGAAGGCUCUGAUCCAGCAGAGGGCAGAGCUGGAGGCUGCAGCUCAGGUCAGGCAGCAGGAGCUGGGGGCUCUGCAGCAGGAGGUGACAAGGCUGAGGAAGGAGCUCAGGGGGUGGGAGCUGGAGAGAGAAGUCGCCACCAUAGAGGAAGCCUCACUGGGUAGACCUGUGUUGUCGUCAUCUACAUCACCGCUGAGGGAGGUAAGAAAAAUGAAAUAACCAUGAUCAGGCGGUGAACCAUUGAAAGAUAUAAGUUCAAACAUGUUUAAGUCAUAAAAGUUGAUUUUUGUUUCCAAUCCAGUCCUCGACAGCAGCACCAUUAAACUCCGGUAAACCAAACUCAGUGUGGGAGGAGUGUGGAGGAGACCCCGACUUCCUUGCGAACUGUUUUGGGCAUGAAAGAAGUCCUUCUCCCCUCACCAAAUCCUCACAUGGGGACAGUAAGAAAGAGAAAAGCAAAGAAGAGGAAACAUCAGCGAUGUUACCGGUAAAGCCUUAACUCUUCCUUUGUCAUAGCAGACCCACUGUAAUGCUGUUUAUAAUACACACAAAGCAUUAUCACUCUAUCAUGCUGGUGUGUCCUUUGGACUUCACAGAAAACUGAAUAUAUUUAACUUUGGAAACAUUAUCAAAUGUUCCCUUUUUUCACUGUAGACUGCGUCAACUGCAGCAGAGCUAGAGGAGGAGACGGACAGCUCAGAGGAGGAAUCGGACAAACCUCGCUUCACCCUGCAGGAGCUGCGGGAUGUUCUGCAAGAGAGGAAUGAACUCAAAGCUGAAGUCUUUGUGCUGCAGGAGGAGCUGGCUUAUUACAGAAGGUACAGUCACUGAGAAAUAAAGAUUUGACUUCUGGGAAUUGUAUUUUUGACUGAUCCUAGUCACAGUUUCUUCUUCUAUAUUUCUCAGUGAGGAUACUGAGGAUGACUUUGACUCCUUUGUUUGUAAACUACCCGCUGCACCUUGUCCCACCUCCACCGAUCAACCUGAGUCAGGAAUAAAACGCCUGUGAGUAAAGGUUUCUUCAUAUUCUUGUCAUACUAGCAUUAAAAACUCUGCAUAUAUUUUGUCUAAUGUGAUGUAUUAGAGAUGAAUGUCUAUUGUGGCUCACUAAUACAGAUGCUGCUAUUGCUUUCUACAUUUUCCUUCUGCCGGCAUCUUAUUUUUCCACGUCUGUUAUCCUCUCUGAACAGGAUCUUCACAGCCAUAAUGCCGAUGGUGGCAGCUGGUCUGCUCGCAGAUGACCCUACACUGUUACCAAUCAGGAGACUUUAUUUUGUAUAAACUUUUAUGUGUAAGUUGAAAUUCUAUGUUUCAGUUGCUCUUUUUUUUAAAACAAACCAGCGUGGUCCUUUUAGAAACAAGUUCAAGUCAACAUAUAAAAGAAUGGUUUUGACAGGAGUGAUGAACUAUGAUGAAUGAAAGACUUCUGACAUCGCUGGUUUAUGCUUUGACAAUGCAUUUGGAAGCAUUUAAGCUACUUUGUUAAGAGCUUUAAAUGAGUUUAUGCUGCUAAAAACUAUAACGUGUGUGUUUUUAGACUCUUUGUUGAUCCAAACACUCAUAAACAGUCAUCGGUGGGUGCAUAACUUUAAACAGUAUAUAAUCUUAAAUAAGCUUUGCUUCAUUUGUUGUAAAGUUUUUGUUGUGUUCAGUAACUGGAAACUCAUUCUAUCUAAUGCUUGAUCAAAACUCUUAUCACUGUUAUCAUUCAUGUUUAUUAGACGCACCUGUCAGGUUGAAUAUAUCCUACAGUGUGAGCAGUGAUUUUUACAACUCUUACAACCCAAAGAGUGUGUCUUUUGUUGUUUAAAUGUCUCUGAUGUUGUUUUGUCGUUAAUCGUUUAAUAUCAAGCAUUUGGGUCCUGUUUUAAGGUGCUGUUGCUUUAUACUAAUAAUACUGAUAAAACAUCAUCUUAACCUUCUUCAAUUAUUGUCAUUAACCCCUAAAAUCUGAGGGGAUUUUUAUUUAUCUGGACAUUUAAUAAUUAACUUAAGGCUUUGUGUAUCAGUCACUUCUUUUGAUGUAGACUGCAACUUCUUUAAUUAAAUCUCCUGUGAGGAGUUUUUGAUAGGUCAUGAAACUCACUGAAAUGAACAGUGAUGUAUCUCUAUGAGGUUUUAAAGCUAAUGCAGUAUCUGCAUAGUCAUUUUUAAUGUCUGUAACUGCUAUGAGGAGGGAAAGGUAUGCUGAGGAAACAGCCUUAGUUUACUUUACCCACAGCAAAUAUUCACAGUGAGUGAUACAUUUUACAAUAUAAAGACAACAGAAGGAGUUUUUGUUGUGUUUGUGAAGUUGUUGUCUUUCUAAAAGACAAGGAAAUUAGAGUUUCCACUUUGUCCACUGGGGGCACCAAAGUCAACAAAGACAGAAAGUUCCUCAGGUGCUUAAGUCAAGGUUAAAAAAUUAAAUCACUGUGCUCGAAAUGGUUCUCAUAUAAGGGGACAGCUUUAAAAUAACCAACAACCAAAAAAAAUUUGAUAAAAGAGAAGUUUGAAAACACGUACAAUCGGUGUUGAUGUGAAGUUGCAUCUGUAAAAAAUCAGACACAGAGGUAUAUUGACUCAUAAAAUCAACUCAAGCUAAUACAGAAAGGUGUUUUUUGUUUUUGGUCUUAUUAUGAACCUCUUCCUAAUCUCUCUCUCUCUGUCCGAGGUCUAUUUUCAGGGGGGCGUGUUUUCAUUGAAGAUGCAGCCACAGGACUCCAGCAGCCAUUUAAGGCUGAGUAGAGGGAUUAGGGGAGAGAGAGGAGAGCGGUUAGAGGUUAGGUUUGGCUUGUGUCGGUUUUCCUCAGUUUAUUAGAUUUUUGUUUUCAGCUGUGUUUUAUUCUGCCAUCCUGCUCUACACCCUCUUUGCCCUCCGUUCAUCCUGUUGGUAGGGGAGUCUAAAACCUUACAAUAAGGUAUAAAAAUAAUAAUGCUAGAGUUUAUUUCUAUUCUUUGAAUGUUUAUUGCGUUAUUAUCAAAACAGCUGUGGCUUAAACUGUCAUACCAAAUGUUGAGGAAGUUCCAUUAAAGUGCUUUAAAUUAAUUUGUGGUCUUGAUGUGAUUAUAAUUUUUUUCUUUCAAUUCUUUUAACAGUAAGUUUGUAAAAGUCGAGUGAAAGAAAGGGGAGC